GGAGGGAUCCCAUCAUCCACCGGCGUGACAUUGGCAGUGAGCGCUCUGUUCAUGUCUCAGGAAUUGAGGAAAAGCAGCAUUCUCCUGUCUUUAGGAGGAUAUUGGAAAACGGUAGUUACGGGCAAAUAUUACCUGGAACUCAAUUCAGUCAGUUUUUCAGUCGAGGAGGACCACUUUGCCUAAGCACAGUCAUCAUGGCAGGCUUGGGGAGCGCAAGACGUAUGUUCCAAUUGGGUAUUUCCCCUCCUUUCUUUUCCGUAGUUGCCCGGACCAGUACUCCCACCAUUCUUUGUGUCAAUGGUUCAUUCAGAUGGCAGUCCACGGCCGCUGCUGCAGCCAUUGCAAAACCAGAACCAGCCCCUCAUUUUCAGGAAAGCAGAAAACCUAAGACCGGAAUUUUGAUGCUGAACAUGGGUGGACCGGAGAAGCUGGAUGAUGUUCAUGACUUUCUGUUUCGCCUUUUCAUGGACACGGAUUUAAUGACGCUUCCGGUGCAAAAUAAACUGGGACCUUUCAUUGCCAAGCGACGCACCCCUAAGAUUCAGGAGCAGUACAGCAGGAUUGGGGGCGGCUCCCCCAUUAAAAAGUGGACCACGGUGCAGGGGGAGGGCAUGGUGAAGCUGCUGGACGAGAUGUGCCCGGACACAGCUCCACACAAGUUCUACAUUGGGUUCCGGUACGUUGACCCGCUGACUGAGGCGGCCAUUGAGACGAUGGAGAAGGACGGGGUGGAGAGGGCGGUGGCUUUCACUCAGUACCCCCAGUACAGCUGCUCCACCACAGGGAGCAGUCUGAACGCCAUCUACCGGUACUACAGCAACAGAAGGGAGCGGCCCAAAAUGCGCUGGAGCGUGAUUGACAGAUGGCCCACACACCCACUCCUCGUCGAGUGCUUCGCCCAGCACAUCCUUAACGAGCUGGAGAAGUUCCCCGCAGACAAGAGGGACGACGUGGUCAUCCUGUUUUCGGCGCAUUCGCUCCCCAUGUCUGUGGUGAAUCGAGGUGACCCUUACCCCCAAGAGGUUGGAGCCACGGUACAAAGGGUCAUGGAGAGGCUGCAGCACUGUAACCCGUACCGGCUCGUCUGGCAGUCCAAGGUGGGUCCCAUGCCCUGGCUCGGCCCGCAGACGGACGAGGUCAUCAAGGGGCUGUGCCAGCGGGGCAAGAAGAACCUGCUGCUGGUGCCCAUCGCCUUCACCAGCGACCACAUCGAGACGCUGCACGAGCUGGACAUCGAGUACUCCCAGGUGCUGGGGGAGGAGUGCGGUGUGGAGAAUAUCCGCAGGGCAGAAUCCCUGAACGGUAACCCCCUGUUCUUCAAGGCGCUCGCCGACCUGGUUCGGUCUCAUCUGAGAUCCAACGAGCUGUGCUCCAGGCAGCUGACCCUGCGCUGCCCCCUGUGUGUGAACCCCACCUGCGGCCAGACCAAGGCCUUCUUCUCCAGCCAGAAGCUCUGACCCAAACCCCCAACACCCCCAGACCCCCCCGACUGCAAAGGAAAAAGGACAUGCCCCAGAGUUAACACAACAGCACCAGGAAACUUGUUGGAAAGGACAAGCUGCACAGUCUCCCCUCAUCCCUCCCAAAGUUAAAGAAAUAAACAACGUGCUUUUCUCAGUUUUAACAGCACUAACAUUCCAGUGCAUCUUGGGAAACCGCAUUCCUCCUUUGUUGAAUAGGAUUUUAAAAAGUAACCCCUUUCUGCUAGCAGAAUCAUCUGGUCAUUUCCCCUUUCACUCUACGGAUUCCCCUUCAGAGAGCUGUGAAUGAGGCCCCCAGCAGAGCGGGCUCAUCCGGGCUCUGUGUCUCUCUGCUGCUCCCUGCUGUUUCUCUGGGGAACUCACACGCAUACAUGCUGUCAGAAGGAGAUCUUCUUGCAGACAGGAGGAUCUCACCGGCCACAGUGACCCUCUGUCUGUGUGGGCAGACAAGGCAGCGGCUGUCCCAGAUGAACUGUGUGUUUAUGGGAAAAGGACGUCCCUCUGCUGGAAGUGGGUUCAGGUGGAGAUGCUGGGCCGAUUCUGACUCUGCUCUCAUUCCUGCCCGGGCCCGUUAGCGCUAGCUUUACGCCAUCGCACAACAGCAUGCGCACAGCCACUCCGAAGGACAGACAGACAGACGGACAGAGCGCUGCGGCCUCCAGGACCAGUGACACCCUUACCUGUGUGCACGGACAGACAGACAGACAGACAGACGAACCCCUCAGUGUCGCUCACUGUUGUUUAUUCCCUGAGCAAACCUGAAAAGAACACACCUAACCAUGUGCCUUCACGCUCCCCUCGCCAAGGCAUAGCUGCCACAUGACCGCGUAACGCACAUAACCUGUUACCACCGUAGGCAGAUGGGAGAGAGAGAACGUGCUUACUGAGCUCUGUUCAUUUCUUUUCCACGUCAUACCCGUGUGCACAUUUCUUUUUUUUAAUACUGCUGUUGAACAUUCACAAGUAGUUGAGCUUAACUUAUUUUAUUUAUAUUUUAAAAUGAGCCAUUUAUACAUGUUAAUUUUGUUUACUCUAAAGAACCUUAACGAGUGCUUCCCAAAGUCUUCUUUCUUUGCAUAAAAACAGACCGCAUCAGCAACUUAAUGUGAGUUAAUACAGUAAAGUGCAUUCUCACCUUCA